AUGAUGUCACAAGAGGUCGACGGUCAGAGAGACAUAAGUGUUACGAUACGGCAGGGCUCGCGGGUCCGGCCGGGGGCGGCUCUCGCUCCGACCGGCGCCGCGGCGCACAGAUAUGGAUUUAAGAUUAACGAGGGCACGCAGCGCGGCGCGGGGCGACGCGGGGUGGCGGGCGGCGUGUUUACGUGCGGGUGCAGGGCGUGCAGGCGGCGCGGAUCGAUGCUGGGCGGGGCGCGCGGGGCGAGCGGGCGCGGGCCGCGGGGCGGGGCGAGCGCCGAGUGUCUUGCGGCGGCCGGAGUGUCUCCGCGGGCGCCCGGCGGCGGCGGCGAGCCUCGCGCCGCCCGCCUCGAUGCCGCGCGCGGCCGCAGCGCGCCCCCGCCCCGCGCCUUCCUCGCGCCGCCCAGGCGCCGCGCGCGCAGCGCCGCGCCCGCGCUGUCGCCCUCGUCUGCGCCCCCGCCCCCGCGUCUGCGACCCGUGUUCCUGUGGGCGCGCCAGCUCGACGGCACCGUGCAGGAGGUCCGCUGCGAGGACUACGACCCGCGCAACCGCAUCCGAAUAGCGCGAACCCCAUCCGGCUGGCGCGUGAUCCCGCGCACCGAGAUUUACAACUCGAUCCGCGUACCCCCACCCCCAGCGCCGCCGUCUCGUCAGCGCGGCCCACGGGAACGUCGCCGGCGCAGACGCUGCAACCGCUCGCGUCGUCGUACCCGGUCUGUCGCCUCACCCGCCGUCCGUGCGCCCGAGGACCCUGCGUCCCUUGCGCGUCCUCAAUCAGCUGUGUGGUUGCAACCCGACCUGGAGUCCCAUAUUCCAUCGCACACCAUCGCGGUGCCGCGGGCGCCUCCUCCACCAUCGGAGCCGACACCGCUUGACAAUCUGCUUGCGGUGGCUGAGCUCGAAUUUAAUCAGCAACGCAGUGAGAGACUUUUGGAUUUAGAAAGUCCGGCUCCUUAUACAUUUCUACCAGCCGAAGAGGUUGCACGCGACGUAAUGUCUUUCGAGCUCGGAGAGCCCAAGCAAGCGGAAGAGUCCAUGUACUUUGAACGGAAAGCGCCCCCUGACCGUACAGAGGAGUAUCCGAAUGAAUUGGUUGCGCACAAAGAUCUGUUCGAGACUAUAAGUGAAGCUCAUUAUCUACCGGAGCUUGGCGGUCCACACGAUGAGACAUUGCUAGAAUCCUUAGUAGAAAAAGGCUGCGAAGAUAACCAAAUACUCGGCCAAGCGCUUGAUAAACUUGCGCAUUUAGUACACGGAUCUAGCGAAUAUACAGAAGAGGAAGAGCACAUGCUUUUGAGUAAUGAACCAGUUUCUGAUAUUAUAAACCGAUUGGAACAAACGCUUGAGUCGCCAGGCCAUAGCAGUAUCACAGCAGCGCAAGGGCUGCUUCAUCUGCAUCAUAUAGGAGACCAUCUUGCCCAAGCAGAUCACAGACAAACUGUAGAGCCUGACUACAUGACAGAAGAAGUGUUUGCCCCUGAUAAUACGGAGAGUGCAAUGGAAACUUUAGCAGCUGCUUCUGAAAUGCAGGAAGUUAAUGAAAUUAAUCAUAUAGAUUACGAUGAUAAUACCGAAAAGAGACUAGAAAGUGAAGUCGAAGCUAAUGACACAGUGUACACAGAACAUAUGCCCGGUUCACAUGAAACAUUUUCGGAUGAAAAAACGUACGACGAGACUCAAAUGCAUUCGUUGCCCGAUCAGAGUGAAAUAAAUAUGACCAGUGAAACGCCAAAUGAAGAUCCAUCUAUGGAUUGCAUUCAACAUUUGGAACAUGUACACGCUCAAGAGGAUGAACCUACAGAGAGAUGUCAAGAAGAAGAUGUCAAACAGGAGAUGCCAGCACUACCCGAACACGAUGAUGUUGAUUUUAUAAAAGAAGACAAUGAUGAAUCGAUGGUGAAUGAAGAAAUGGUACCUACAGAUUUAAGCAUAAAAAAUAUGAAUAAAGCUACAACCCCUCAUAUACACGCCAGUGAUAUGGAAACGUCAAACCUUGAAGAUAAUCUAUCGGUUAAAAGCGACGAGCAGCCUAAAGAUUUAACUGUACAUAGACGGCUGCCUACUCCGCAUGCGUCGCCUCGAAGGACAGACAUACCUCGAGCGCCAUCAAGGGAGUCAGAUGCAAUGCAAUCGCCACAGCCUAGCGGAAUACCAGCAGUGCCAUCAUCACCUGAAAUAUUUACAAUGCCAAUGACAAAAAGUAAACAAACUUUGUUUUUAGAAACUCUACUAUCAUCACCAUCUCCUAAAAUGUAUACGUCGGAAGUCACGAUAACUAAACAGCAAUGUGAACCUUUGAAUUUGGGUAAACACAGAAAAUCAGCCAGCCCGACUGUAUCUAGUUGUUCUGAUGAAAUGAGGAAACUAAGUAAAGAAUUUGGUGAACCCCAGGAAAAAAAAUUGCGACGCGAAUCUUCAGAAGACUUGGCAAAAAUUAGUAAAGUUUUUAAUAAGUGUAGUGAAGAACAACUUGCAAAGAAAUCUGAUAAACAUGUUAAUAAACCCAGUGACGAAAUGACUCCAUUAAAACAAUUGCAUAUUUUAAAAUCAAAUCCAGAGCAUAAUUUACCAGAUCCAAUAUUAGUUCCUAAGAAUAAAUUAAAUAAAAUUCUCGCGGCACCCGGCACAGAAAUACCUGCUUUACUAAUACAAAGACCGGAAUUGAGACUUCCAGAAGCAUUUUCAUAUCCGGCUGUGUUACAAGAUCCUGAUAUUAUUGUCAUAUCAUUAGCGCAACUAGAAAACAUUAUAAUGAAUGAUGAAAAAAAUCUUAUAUCGAGGAAAGAAAAGGAAUCAAAACCUAGUUCGUCGUCGAAGAGUUCUACAAAUACAGAACAAGCGAGCACCCCUCAACCGGAUCAACCUAGGCCGAUACCUUCGAUGGACGCUCUCGCCGGUGAAAUCGAUGCUGCGACAUCUGCUGCUUUAAAUCAAAUGCUGUGGUUACCAUAUCUUAGUCAGUUAGAGGCGAUGGCGGCAUGUUCACAAAACAUGGAUUUCUUAAAAGCCUUAAAUUCAUCCGGUUAUACGGGACCUAAUUAUCCUGACCUCUCACAAAUGUUUAAUCCGUCGUCACGCUUUAUGGGUCAAGGAGGAUUUCCUAUGAUGCCCCCGAUGGAUUACGAUAAUCGGCUCCAAUUCGCGAUGUGGCAAGAAGCUAUGUCACACGCGAACGCUUCAACAUCGCAGAGGCCUAAGUCGGGAUCCGUGGCAGAUCAGAUGAAAGAAUUACCAAAAUCGAGUGACGUUCAAAACCCAUAUGUACACUCGACUAAAAACCAUCAAAGCAAAACUCAUUCGUCAGCUAGAACGAGUCCGAUCGCGCACAAUUAUAACAAUCAGCGGUCGGUGGCACACAAUCCCUUCUUACAGGGUAUGUAUCCAGGCAUGAAUUCUAAUAUCAGGCCGAAUAUGCCUUUACCGGGGUUGCAAAUACCUUACUUUAACCCUCAAAUGAUGGGGAAUCAAAGAUCACCGCGAACGCAGCAACAAAAGAGCCCUAGUUCACCAUAUUAUCCCAACAAUAACUAUCUGCAAUCGGCAAAGCAGUCGGAAUCACAAAGUCAGCAAAGGAGUUCGACAUCGCAGGAAUCUCCACGACCCAGGAUUAGUGUGAAAUCGCUGCACAAUUUGCUGGAGCCAUCCGCAGCCGCUGCUUCAGGAGUGGCUUCUACGAGGCGCACGUCGACGACGCCUACAUCCGCGAUGGGUCGACGGCGAGAUGAACCUGAGGUCGGAAGCACCACUCCACUGGGAGAGCCGCCACCGCAUAUGCCGCCUCACCCGCACGACCCAUCAUCGUUCCACUUAUGGCAUCCAUUGUUUGGCAACCAAAAAAGCUACAACAGCCCAUGGAGUUGGACGACGGUGACCGCUACGGGCGACUGACCGCGGGCGCCGCGCGGGCCACCGCCCGCGCUCUGAGCGCCGCGGGGAGCGCUGGGGAGAGGGGGAAGAGGGGAAAGGGUAGGGUCGGCGGUAUGACAGGGGAUUAGACACGAAUUAAAAAAAAAAGACAAUCAGUUGAUUUUACAAAAUGUAUUACCAAAACAUUUGGUACUUCAAAGACACUAGAUUAGUUUAAUUGUAACGGAAUUCUUUCCCCGACAUUAUUUAUUGUAUUUAGAUUUUCGGGGUGUGUUAAUUUUUGUAUAUUUUUAUUGCUUCGAAAUGUUAAAAAUAUUAAAAAUUACAGUAACUUUCAAACGGACGGUGGCGUAAUAUCUAUCAAUUAGUGUCAACUCGUCGCACAUGAUGAAAUACAACUGUACGAGCGUUGUUAUUUUUGAAUAUAUUUUUGGUUCGGGACACUUCUAAAUGUAUGUCAUACGUUUGACAAAUUUUUAAGAGGCUAUGAUUUUAAUGUUGCAAUUUAAUAUAGUCUAAGAGUAAAUUUUAACCUAUAAUUUUUUUCGUCAAAGUGAACCUAUUAUAAAAUUGAUCACUGGCUUUAUCAAUCAGAUUGAAAUCGUAUUUUACUAAAUAAGGUUCGUUUCUAAUCACCCGCAGCACCCCGCCCGAUUGGUGAACGAAAUGAUCCGUCCGAUGUCGUUAGCUCCCCGUGUCGUGGCCUUGCCGUGGUCGUCACCAUGGCGUGAACUGUGUAACUUGCCUUUAUAAGCUUAAUUAUCGCUAUAUUUAUUAUACUUUUUAUUAUUAAAAAACGGAGGAUAACUCGUAUCUAGAUAUUUAUUGUAACACGAUAAAUACGGCUAAAUUAUCUGUCGUUUUACACGAUACGAUAAAUUAUAUCGACAUUAUGUAUGAAGUUUCAGUAUGUACUUAUCCAUAACAAUGAUAAUUUAUACGUCGCAUAUAAGCAAUGGAUACAAGCCAUAAGAAAUUUAAAAAAAAAAACAAUUGGCACAAGUAAAAGAAACAUAAUCUCCUUUUGGCAUCAUAUCGUGUAAAAGGAUACCUUUUUCUACGAAUACCUUUAUUACAGUAGCGUGUUACUUUAUACGGUUGUUCUACUUUCAGUGAUUGUGGUUUAAUGUUUUUUUAAUUGCAACUAUAUCAUGAGUCAAUGACUUCAUACCAAGGCCUUUUGGUAUUGAAUAGAACAUUUUAAGUGCACGUAACAAAUUACCCAAUAUAGUUUUUUUUUUUUUGAAUAGCGAGCAAAUUUCUUAAAUAGUACGACUUCACUAUAAAGGCUAGUUCACACUUACGUCAAACCACUGGAACGGAAUUGCUUUUUUAAACCCACCUUCGUCGAGCGUCUCUGAUACAGUGAAUAAAUCAUAUAUUCAACAUUUAAACAGGAUAAUUACAAUUUAUGACGCUCUAAAUACCAUAUCCCUAAUUUAUAAGAUGGUGCAUCAAAUCGGGUAUAGUGACGGAAAGUGCAUAGAAUUAUAAUUUAUUAUUUAGUUGUGAUAUUUAUAUUGUAUGUGCGUCCGCGCACGUAGUUCUGAGCAUAGACAUAUAGAACGGACCUCACUGUCAAUACCAAUGUGAGGGAGAUAGCAAUAGCGGACAUUAUCUCAAAGUUGUGAUUAAAUAUGGCUAUUUUUUCUCUAGUGUAGGUUUUGGAGUUAAGUAGAAAUGGCAUCGAUUACCAAAAAAAUAUUUUUUUCCUCUAUCUCGUACAUCGAACGUUCUUCGUGAUCAAAAUAUUUGGAACAUAUUAAUUUAAUUUAAAUUAGGUAUAUUGAUCGAUGCCAUUUUUACUUACAAUGUUUUGAGGGUAGUCGUGUCGUCUAUUCUAUAUGGCCAUGGUUCCAAAUGAGUGCAAUCCCAGAUGGACUGUAUGUAUAUCGUAGUUAGACAAGUUAAGUGGCGGUACGGUGCAUUUAAUUUAUGUAUGGGUGCGGUUGAAUGCAGAUUGAAUUUGAAAUUUAAAUUUUUUGAACUUUCGUCCGUGACUGUCUUUUUGUGAACGUUCUUCGUUGUUUUUAGCAUUAAUUAUAAUAAAUCAUAGACACGUAUAUCAUAGUGCUUAUGUUUAAAAUAUACAUCACUGUUUAAAAUUAAUGAUGCAUGUUUUCACGCGUUUAAUAAAACUUUAAUGAUGUAACGAUUUCAAACUCAACCUGCACCUGUGCUCUUGAUAUUUAUAGAUUUUAGGUUUACAACUCCUGACGAGGCUGGUCGAAAUAUGGUCACACAAAUUUCAACUCAAUUGCAUUGCAUUACGUUUAUAAAUGUCUUAUUCCUUAUAUGAUUCAGUCUACAGGAGUUGGCGGCUUAAAGUGACAAGAAUCGGACUAAAAUGAGAGCAGGAGAUGAUAAUACGAUCUCUCUUUCACUCUUAGGUAUUAGGAAUAAGGCUGGGCUCAAUCACUUUAUGUAAUUCCAAGAUAUUAUAAUUUAAUAAUUUAAAUUGUAAACAUUCUGAUAAUUUACUUUGAAAUCUAGAUUAUUUUGUUAUUGUCGUAAAGAAAGUUUUGUAAGUAAGUAAGUAAAUAAAUAAACUGUCAGAAUGUUCACUUUUAUGUAAUAAUUUUGUAAAAUAAGUCUCGCAUUAAUUUUUCAAAAUUAUGGUAAAAUACAAAUGUUUUUCAUUGCAUGUGACAUGUAACCUCAGCCUGAUAUUUAUAUAUAUAUAAUAUAAGCUAAAUAUCUGCUCUCAUUUCAGUCGGCUUACAGUCUGUGUUAGUGUCUUAAUAUUAUGUAAUAUCUACCUGCGUCUAUAUAAUAUCUAUUUGUUUAGAACAUUGAGCAUUGAACAUAAAAUUUCUUUUAAAAUGCCACCAAUUUAAAUAAAAUAAAAAUCAAUAUGACAAAAGUAAUUUAAUCAGACUUUCGAUGAAAUAUAUAUAUAAUUUUAUAACGAAGUUGGAAAUGCUUGAUUUAAUUAAAACCAUGCCUCUAAUGAUGUCACUUGUCAUAACGGUUCAACCCACGGGUUGCAGGAUGCCUAAUAGGUACUAAAUCGAUACUGACAAGUUCUAACGAGGCAUGAACUCAGCUCCAACAUUGCUACAAAUUGGAUAUUGACGAUACAUACAUAACAUAACAUAUAAUGUAAAUACAAACCAUCGCAAGUUCUCACAGUAUAAAUAACAUAUUUUAUCUCUUAAAAUUAAAUAAAUUUAUUUCAUAAAUUAAGCAGUUUAGAAAUUAAUUCGAAUAAAAAGUUUAAAACAGAUAAAAUAUAGCGUUUAAGAUCUUCUUUUUAAUAGAUAUUAUGUAAAGGCAGGCAAUAUAAACGUCAUUUCUUUAUUAUCAGUAUUUAUUUCGUUAUUUUUUAAGUUUUCAAUGAUUUUAAUUGUUCUCGUUGCUUUCCUUGGGAAUCUUUAUCGAUUUUUUAGACUUAGUAAGUACAAUAUUGUAUGAAACGGGGACAGACAGCCAUCAACUAUUAAAUCAUGAAACAAAAAGUAUGUAAUAUUUAAUUUUAUUAAUAUCAACUUUUGUAAUGUAAAAAUCCAUUUUUCUAUUCCGAUAUACGAAUUGUUACGGCAAACAUGUUUAAAUGAUAAUUAUUGUUUUUGUUAAUUGACAUUUAGCCGCCAUUUUGAAUUACAUAUGUAAAAUCACGAUUCACGCUGUUCGUAAAAUUAUAUUGUAUUUUAAAAUAAAAAUGCACUAAGCAAGUAAUUAGUGCUGAUUCUGUUGCACACGAUUUAUAAACUUAAAUAAUUUGCCAGUAUUAAAAGCCUUACUAAUAUUUUUAUUCCCACGCGUGUGAAAUAUUAAGCAGAAUAUUUUUAAGCCUGUCAAAUUAGUAGGUAUAUUAAUAUAUAUUGUACAACAGACAACAGAAUUAGCACAAUAUUGUUAGCUUUUUUUUAAAUGUGGGUUACAGUUAUGACCGGUUGUAAUUUAAAGUUGUCUGUCCUUGUAUGAGGUUGUUGAUUAUUAUCGUUCGUGAGUAUUCCAAAAGUUUCCUGAUGUAAUUUAUUGACUUGAAUAAAUGAAAUUACGCUUCUAAAGUGUACUAUUACAUAUGUAAAUAUAGGACAACUAAUACCUAUAAUAAUAGUGAAUGUUGUAAUUUGUAUAUAAGUAACGAAAAUUAAAUUUUAAAUACAUAGAUAA